CUCCUGUACUGCUCCGAGUCCCGGCUUCCGGCGUGUGUCUGUAAAACACCCGCUCUGGUGCACAGGUCGUCGGCGAGCCGAGGCUGGGUCUUGGCGCUCAGCAUGAUCGUUGCGGACUCCGAGUGCCGCACUGAGCUCAAGGGCUACCUGCCGUUCGCCCGGGGCGGUAGCGGCGCUGGGGACGGAGAGGAGCAAAGGGAGAGACGAUCCCAGCGAAGCCAUCGAGGGCCCAGUGCCUUCAUCCCGGUGGAGGAGGUGCUUCGGGAGGGAGCUGAGAGCCUGGAGCAGCACCUGGGGCUGGAGGCACUGAUGUCUUCAGGGAGGGUGGACAAUCUGGCGGUGGUGAUGGGUCUGCAUCCCGACUACUUCAGCAGCUUCUGGCGCUUGCACUACUUAUUGAUGCACACGGAUGGGCCCCUGGCCAGUUCCUGGCGCCACUACAUUGCCAUCAUGGCUGCUGCCCGCCACCAGUGCUCCUACCUGGUGGGCUCUCACAUGACUGAGUUUCUGCAGUCUGGCGGUGACCCUGAGUGGCUGCUGGGUCUCCACCAUGCCCCCAAGAAGCUGCGUAAACUCAGUGAGAUCAACAAGUUGCUGGCACAUCGACCAUGGCUCAUCACCAAGGAGCACAUCCAGGCACUGCUGAAGACCGGGGAGCACAGCUGGUCCCUGGCUGAACUCAUCCAGGCCCUGGUCCUGCUCACUCACUGCCACUCACUAGCCUCCUUCGUGUUUGGCUGUGGCAUCCUUCCUGAGGGGGACUCAGAAGGCAGCCCUGCUCCCCAGGCACCUUCACCCCCCAGUGAGCAGAGUAGCCCCCCUAAUGGGGACCCAUUGAACAACUCUGGGGGCUUUGAUGCUGUACAUGAUGUGGAGGCUCUGAUGGAACGCAUGAGGCAGCUUCAGGAAAGUUUGCUGUGGGAUGAAGGGGCAUCCCAGGAGGAGAUGGAGACCCGCUUUGAGCUGGAGAAAUCGGAGAGUCUGCUGGUGACCCCCUCAGCUGACAUCCUGGAGCCCUCUCCACACCCAGACAUGUUGUGCUUUGUGGAAGACCCCACUUUUGGAUAUGAAGACUUUACCCGGAGAGGAACUGAAGCACCCCCCACCUUCCGUGCCCAGGAUUACACCUGGGAAGACCAUGGCUACUCACUGAUCCAGCGGCUCUACCCUGAGGGUGGUCAGCUACUGGAUGAGAAGUUCCAGGCAGCCUAUAGCCUCACCUACAACACCAUGGCCAUGCACAGCGGGGUGGACACCUCUGUGCUCCGCAGGGCCAUCUGGAAUUACAUCCACUGUGUGUUUGGCAUCAGGUAUGAUGACUAUGACUAUGGGGAGGUGAAUCAGCUCCUGGAGCGGAACCUCAAGGUCUAUAUCAAGACGGUAGCCUGUUACCCAGAGAAGACCACCCGGAGGAUGUACAACCUCUUCUGGAGGCACUUCCGCCACUCUGAGAAGGUCCAUGUGAACUUGCUUCUUCUUGAGGCCCGAAUGCAAGCUGCCCUGCUCUAUGCUCUCCGUGCCAUCACCCGCUACAUGACCUGACUCCUGUGCAGGACCUAAGCCCGGAGCAGCUGACCCUGCAAGGACUUCUGUGCCUGGAGACAAAUCCAGACCCGUUUCCUGGCCCAUGCCCAUUCACCCGACUCCGGGGGCGAGUGGGCUUGUGUGUGACCCCAGCCUGAGUCAUACCCUCCUUUUUGUCACUGGAAUGGACAGGAUCACUGCCCUAACUCGGGAUCCCAGAAUUGGCCCCUGGAGCUGGAAGAAGACUAGGAGACCUCAAGGAGGCUACACCCUUUUUCCUGCCUAUGGGCCCAGCAGGCUAGGCCCCAGGCA